AUGGACAACAUCGACUCAAGCCAGCUUAUGCGCUUCGGCAAGAAGCUCCUCACCAAGGUGAUGAACAAGCAAAACAACAAUGGCGGCUACGGAGGCCAAGGUAUGGGCGGCCAAGGCAUGGGCGGCAUGGGCGGUAUGGGCGGUAUGGGCGGUAUGGGCGGCCAAGGCGGUAACAACAACCUGGUCGGCAGCCUGAUCAACAACAUUGUCGGCGGAGGCAAGCAAGGCGGCAUGGGCGGCGGCUAC